AAUCCGAGCAAGCGCGCGGGCGCGAACGCCGCGCACCGCCACGCCUCUUCGCUCCUCCUGCCUCGCCGCGGCGGCCGCCCCUCUCCUCCUCGGCUCGGCCGCCUAUAAAUACCCGCCUGCGGCUGCCGCUUCACACCACACGCGCCCCUCCCUUCCCUUCCCCCUUCGCUCGCCCCUCUUGCCCACGCAGACGCGCUGCGCCCGCGGCUGCCCCUGUUGGCCGGACAGAGAUUAACUAGUCAAAGUCAAGAUGGUUAACUUCGGGAAAAAAUUGAUGGCUGAUCAAAUUCCAGAAUGGAAAGGAUAUUAUAUAAACUACAAGAUGAUGAAGAAGAAAGUUAAACAGUAUGGCCAGCAGCUCCAACAGGGUGAGAAAGAUCGUAGCCGGGUUCUCAAGGAUUUCUCAAAGAUGCUUGAUGAUCAGAUCGAGAAGAUUGUCCUGUUUCUGCUAAAACAACAAGGAAUGUUGGCAAGCAGGAUAGAGAAGUUAGGAAAGCAAAGGGCAAUACUACAAGAGCAGCCAGAUAUAUCUGGUAUUGCUGAGUUACGAGAAGCUUACAGGGAAGUUGGUCUGGAUCUCAUCAAACUUCUCAAGUUCGUUGAUCUUAAUGCAACUGGCAUUAGGAAAAUUUUGAAGAAGUUUGAUAAGCGCUUCGGUUACAGAUUUACUGAUUACUAUGUGACAACUAGAUCAAAUCAUCCCUACUCUCAGCUACAGCAGGUCUUCAAGCAUGUGGGUGUAGGAGCUGUUGUAGGAGCCUUGUCACGUAACCUUGCAGAACUUCAGGUGCGUCAGGGAAGUUACUUGUCUAUUUAUGAUCAGCCAUCUGCUGCUCUUAAGGACCCAAUCAUUGAUAUGAUAAAUUCGUCAGUGGAUAAGCUAACACGCUCGACUAAUUUUCUUCGAUUUUUGGGGCAACAUGCCCUGAUUGUGGAUGAGUCUCCUAGUACUGCAGGGGAAGAAGAAAUAGAAGACCAAAAAUAUCAUUUCAUGUCCCUUAUGCUGAACCUGGUGAACACAUUCCUUUAUAUGGUCAACACAUACAUCAUUGUGCCAACUGCAGAUGACUACUCAGUGAGCCUGGGGGCUGCUUCUACUGUUUGUGGUGUUGUCAUUGGUUCAAUGGCUGUUGCACAAAUAUUUUCCUCGGUUUACUUCAGUGCAUGGUCCAACAAGUCAUAUUUCAAACCACUUGUUUUCAGUAGCAUUGUUCUUUUCUUGGGGAAUGUGUGCUAUGCAAUGGCAUAUGAUAUGAAGUCCCUAACAGUCCUUAUUGUCGGCCGUUUACUCUGUGGGAUGGGUUCUGCAAGAGCUGUCAAUCGCCGUUACAUUAGUGACUGUGUCCCUGCAAGGAUACGUAUGCAAGCUUCAGCAGGAUUUGUUAGUGCAAGUGCACUUGGCAUGGCCUGUGGGCCAGCGCUAGCUGGUCUACUUCAGUGGAAAUUUAAGAUCUACAUGGUUACUUUCAAUCAAUCAACUCUACCUGGUUGGGUGAUGGCAGUUGCAUGGCUAUUGUACUUAGUGUGGCUAUGGAUCUCAUUCAAGGAACCAAACCGUGCUACUGAGGUGAAUGAUGCCCCACAAAAUCCUGCUUCUGGACAAAGGGUGGAUAUUGGGAAACUAGAAAAUGGACUUGCGCAGCCAUUGCUCACAGACUCAGGAAUUAAACGAAAUGAAGAUGAAUAUGAAGAAGUUGAUGGCAGUGAGGAAGCUGCAGAAGACUCUCACAAGCCUGCAACAUCUAUUGGCUCAGCAUACAGAUUACUUACUCCGUCAGUAAAGGUCCAAUUGUUGAUAUACUUCAUGCUCAAAUACGCAAUGGAGAUUUUACUUUCGGAGUCAAGUGUUAUCACCAAUCAUUAUUUCAGUUGGAAUACAAGCGCAGUGGCAAUAUUUCUCGCAAUCCUUGGGUUGACAGUCCUUCCUGUUAAUGCUGUUGUUGGGACAUACAUCAGCAACAUGUUUGAGGACAGGCAACUCUUGAUGGCAUCUCAAAUUACGUUGCUAGUAGGCAUUAUUUUCAGCUUCAAAGUUACGAGUACAUACUCUGCUAUCCAGUACGUCGGCUCAGCACUCGUCACAUUUGUGUCUGCCGAAGUUCUUGAAGGCGUGAACCUCGCCCUCCUAUCAAGCGUGAUGUCAUCCCGUCUCGCCCGUGGCACAUACAACGGUGGCCUCCUCUCGACGGAGGCAGGGACCUUGGCAAGGGUGAUCGCAGACUGCACCAUCACCGCGGCGGGCUACCUGGGCGUGGGGAAGCUCCUCAACGUCACUCUGCUGCCGUCCCUGGUGAUCUGCGGCGCGUCCAUCGCGUGCACCCUCCUGACGUACAACUCGCUCUUCUAAUGGCUCCCGCAGUGUAUUCGUCGUCGUCAUUCGUUCCGUAGUAGUGCAAAUCAAGGCAGCUAGUAGGCGGCCAUCGAUAUGAUCGCUGUAAAUUGAUCGCUGCAGCUGAACCGGGCCUUGCCCUCCAAAAUUUUGAUCGGUUUGAUCUUUGGUCCCUCUCUGUUCAAUUCUCUGGUUUGUUAACGUUGGUAUUGUGCUCAAUCUCGCGGCGUACUCGUCGUGAUUCCAUA